UUUUUAUUGGAAAGCAGACAAUUGGUGAAAUUUAACGAAAUUAUUUAAAUAUCUAGCGUUUAUUUGUUAACAAAUUUUUCGAUAUCAAAAGCAAAAACAAGUCACCACCAUUUGUUGAUGGGAUUUCGGUAUCAGGAACUAAAAGACAGGGGGGACAGCAUAGAACUUGAGCACAAGGAAAGCUAUACAACCGAGCGCAGUCACAACGGUUAUAUUAAACGACAUAAGACCGUAUUACGCGAACGAUUUCCACACCCGAAUGCCAAGGAAGCGCGCAAGCAGCAGAAACAACACACAAAGCGCAGCGCCUACACAACAACACUUAGACCAGAAACAGCGUCGGAGCGAAACACCACUACCGAAACAUUCGGCAAUUCGCCGGAGAGUGGCGCCUUGCUGACGACUUGCCGUGACAAAUCGCACCUGGAACGCGCAGUCAAUCGCACUUCGGUGCAGUUGAAGCGUCUGGCACAUGAAAUUGACAAUGAAAUUGCCAAAUUGAAGCGGGAAAGAGACAAACUAAUGUUCAGAUCGCGUCCGCACCCGUUGAUGCGCAACGCUGCCAUACAAAACGAUCUGCACACGAAAAUCGAAUCGUUGGACAAACUAAAGGAUUUCGAUACACAGUUUGCCAAUAAUAUCGAGUUUACGAUUGAAAAAUUCUCGAGUCAGCAUAAGUUCGUUUGCACUUCACCACGUUACGCGCGCGACGAGCAAACUUCGUGUCGGCCACGCAUGCGCACAAUUGGCCUGCAGAAAGAUACACAACGUGGCGGUGUUGAGGAUAAUUUGCAAAACCUAAAGGCCAAACUCAACGCUGCCAUACAUUAUUCAGCCACCAAUCUGGCGGCUUUAAAGACGAAGGGGUUGCUCGACACGACACCGCCCAACUGCUAUGCCUUCGACUAUGGCGGCACGGGCGAUGGUCAGAGCGCUGUGAACGUUUAUCACUUGCAGAACUGUCGUUGCACUGGCGGUUGCAAUCCGAAUGAUUGCAAUUGUAUGAAGACUUGUGAGCGCUACAAUAACGUUGGCAAUUAUAAUGGCAUGUUAUGUAAUAAAAACACUUAUGUGGAGAAGGCAAUAACGCCGUGUAAAGAGUACAAAUACUGCCGUGAUGAGUAUCAUUAUAAUUAUCCGUCGCAGAAUAAAUGUGUAGUACCGGCGCCGAACCAAUCAUGUGUACCAUGUUCGCCAUGUGUGCCAUGCUUUCAGCCCUGCCAGCCGUGUCAGCCAUGCACACCCUGUUUACCGCCUUGCCCAACCUAUAAUGAGUGUCAAGCAGCCAAGCCGCAGGCAAAAGUUAUCUAUGGCAGGCGUGUGAGUGACUUAAAUACAGAAGAUUUCUAUCAUCCCACUGCCUCGCACGCCACGAAAUCAUUUAAACAUGGCAGUCCAAGGCACUCAAAGAACAAGGAGCGUUUGACGGUCGAUGUACCGAAGGAUGGGCGCACACUUGUUGAUAUUGAAAGAAGUGGUGAUCGCUCGCGUAGCAAAACGCGUCGAAAAAACGAGAGCGAAGAUAAGACAAGGCAGCGCAGUGCGAAAGCUUAUGACGUCGUCCCCGCGCGUAAAGCGAGUGAAAAGCGUCAAGUGCGCGAGCGUAAGCCACGCCAGGGGAGUGAAUCGUCGGGUAGUGUCGACUCCUCGGAGAAAGCACGUCAAAUGAAGAGCAAGGAAAAACUGCUGGAAAUAACCUUUACGAAGGAGCGACGUCACAAGCCCUCGUCUGAGUCCGAUGAAUGUAUUACGUACGAGCUGCCAAAAGCAAGUCGAGAGUACUCACGUGAGACAAAACGCUCCCUGAAGCAGAUGACGAUUACAGCCUACAAACCCUGUAAGCCGGGCGAAAGUGAAGGCAAAUAUGAUUUAGAUCGAAAGAAGAAGCAAAAGAGCAAAGCACAAAGUGCUGAUGACGAUAAAACGUGGGAUGAACGGUUAAGGAAAAUGGAAUAUCCACCUGAACCAGAUGAAUGGCACGCUGGUAUUCCUACUAUAACAGAAGUUCUCGAUGAUUACCGCAUUGGUGAUACCUACGCUAGCGAUGUACCUAAAAUCAUACAGGGACCUACUGACACACAAUAUAGGGCAGGCUAUGGAGAGUUUUUUCAGCUAUCACCGCAGCGGAGCUAUGACAUAAUGCCGGUACAAAAAAAUACAGUGCGAGAUCUGCCGCCAUCUCAAAGUCCCGAACGUGGACGACGCAUACAACGAGAAAGCCCGAUGAGGUCUGGUGAGAAACCAGUUGGAUCGCAUGAAAGAGAACGAACUGUUAGCGGCACUGGACGGGAUGAACAACCUAGAAUUGGGCGCGUCGGCAGACAACGGGAAUCGUAUGAAAAAGAUAGAUCGGAAGUAUUUAGAGCAUAUGGACUUGAAGAGAAACCCAGAAUAGAGAAGGGGUACAGAUCUGUUGGAAAACAAGAUACUGAGAGGAGCUAUGGUCGAGCUUUCGAUGAGCGGCGGUCCCCAACCGAACAGAAAUCCAGAUUAGAUGAAGGCUACAGAUCUGUUGGAAAACCAGAUACGGAGAGAAGCUAUGGUCGAGCUUUCGAUGAGCGGCGGUCGCCAAGCGCACAGAAACCCAGAUUGGAUGAAGGCUACAGAUCAAUUGGAAAGCAAGGUGCUGAGAGGAGCCACGGUCGAACUUACGAUGAGCGGCAGUCCCCCAGCGAGCAGAAACCCAGAUUAGACGAAGGCUACAGAUCUAUUGGAAAACAAGGUGCUGAGAGAAGCCACGGUCGAACUUACGAUGAGCUGCAGUCUCCAAGCGAACAGAAACCCAGAUUAGAUGAAGGCUACAGAUCUAUUGGAAAGCAAGGUGCUGAGAGGAGCCACGGUCGACCUUAUGAUGAACAGCGUACUCCAAGAGACUAUGUUCGAUCAAAACAAGAGGGGGAAAGACGUGAAUCAAACACUUUGCACGAUGACACUUAUGAACCUAAAUUCACUUCAAGUACACCUCGUUCCGCACGUGACUAUGAGCGAGGUAUUACAUCAGAUGAAAGGUAUGAUCCUCGUGGUUCACCGCGUAAAGCUUAUGAUGAGUCUAAUUCUGCGCAAAUGCCGGGCAGAACUUACACCCCAGAUGAAACCCCACGUUCGGCACGCUAUGAAACUCAUAGUCCAACACGAUUACAUAGUCCGACACGUAGGAUGGAGGACCCUCAUACUUAUACUCCAGACGCGAAACCUCGUUUCGCUCGUGGAUUGAAAUCGGACGAUAACAUAGAAUUUGAAGGAUUCUCACCAUCCCAUUCCCGCGAUGACUAUGAAAAACCAGAAGGAAAAAGGUCUUCAAAAGACCAUAGUGAAACCGAUCAAAGAGUGGUGACGGAUCCCGGACAAACAAGUGAAAGCAAAGUUAGGAAGGAAGAAGAUUUCAAACAGGAAGAAGUUACUUUAAUGCGGAGCGAUCAACUUGGAGAUAUAGACUUAUCAUCUAAAAAAACCGAAAUUUCGGCCGCAGAUAUGAAAUAUAAAGCGGAUACACAAAAGGCAGGCACAUAUACAGAUGACUAUAGUCCUAAAGCAGACAUUAAGGCUGAAAGUACAGACACAACUCAAAGAACAGAGAGCCCUACGGCUAGCAUUCCGCGUACGGGGAACCAACCUGGUACCGAUAGAGGAUUUACAGGUAGCGAGGAGAUAUUGGAAAAAGUGCCGCCAGUUCCAGAAAUUACAAUUGAGGAUACAGACGAAAGCGGUAGGAGUGCGCCUAGUGGAAGAGGGAAAAUCCCCGUAAUUAGUUUACGCGAGCAGGCUAAAUCAACCAUUCAAGGUGAAAUGUCACCGGAACCAGAACAAUUAAGAUCUCCAAAAUAUAAAGAUCGGGAUAAACUGCGACAGUUGGAUAGCCGUAGUCAGCCAGAACAAAUAAGAAGUAGUCCGGUUAGACAACCGGGCAUUCAUGAUGGUGCGGUAAUAGGUGGAGGCUUUACUAGAUCGGACACAGCUGGCGUCAUGGGUGGGUCUGCAAGUCCACUAAGUCCUUUUCCGAGUCUUGAAACGCCAAAAAUUUAUAUGAAACCUCGAGCAUUAUGCACUGAUUACGGUACCGCGUGUUUUCCUCCAACUGAAGACGAUUGCACUAAACGGACCAGUCUACGUGCCAACUGCGUCGCGAACGCGGGAGAUGCUUAUAUGUGUAAGCCAUGCACUACACAGACAACUUCGCCAUCAGCAUCUCCCCGCCAAUGUUUAUGUCCAGCAGAAAAUGGUUGUGAAAUUCCUUAUGAAAAGCUAGGCGAUCAAUACGAACAUUCGCCCGUACGCCAAUUAGCAGCUAACUCUCAUAUGGCUGUAGCACUACAGUCCGAUACCGCAAUUGCCAGUUAUAAGCCAUUACCUCAACAAAGUUUAUCGAAAAGCUGCAUAACUUUGCGCUCGACCGGAACACAGUACUCGGCAACGAUUAUCGAGCAAAAGGAAGAUCGCUGUGCACCACAGUACGUACCGUUGCCGAAAGAAUGCAGUGAAAUAUAUGCGGAUCAAGCGAAGAAAUCUGCAGCGCCUUCUACAUGUACAUGUGACUCCUCACGUCAGAGCCAAAAAUCACCGCUUUCAACUUCGGAUAGUAUGAAAACAAAGUACCAAUUUCUAUGUGAGGAAAACAAUGAGGAGCAAAAUGGAAAGGUGCAAAUAAAGAAUAAUGAAGAGUGGUGUGGCAGAGUAGAUAUAAAUUCGGAGAAGAGACAAAUCUUCAUUGCGCAACAUAAACAAAAACCACCAACUCAAUGCGUAGAUGAGCAGAACUAUUUGUUACCAUGGCAACAGGAUGAAAAAUUUAUACCGGGCCAACCAAUAAGUAGUUGCAAUAUGACACCUUGGCAAAAUGGGCCAAUGAAGCUCUUGCAAACGGUACAGAAAAGUCCGCGCUUUCAAAACUACGCGGAACGUAGAACGCCAAGGUUUAAUGCCACUAUGCCGCCGCAUCAAGAAAUGCCGGAAGAGGAAGAUAGAUGUGCAGAAGAACUAUCACAAUACAAGCCGCAGACGCGUGUGCAAUUUAUGGAGCAAUACAGCAACUGUGACCCGGCCUGCUAUGCCCAAGAUGGAGCAGCGAAUUUACAAAAUGAAACAGCGGAGCCUAUGCGCGACUGCACGCCAAGAGGACGCCUAAGCUUCGCUUAUGGCGGCGAAUACCAGCAGGUACCGGAAUUCACUGGCUGUCCGUGUAUGUUCAAAACUUAUCUAAAUAUGGUGACACUUUACUAUCCUGAUUAUCGUGUUCAACUGCGAGAGGAUUGCGUCGAAAUUGAGGAUGAUGAUGAUGAGUGCAAUGAAUGAUGAUGAAAUGUCAUAAUUUUGAUUGGGUCGAAGUUGCAAAUAUGUGAAGUAUGUGCACCGCUAAUUUAUUUUGCUCAGUUUUUGUGCUGGUUCACACUUUAUUAUUUUUUUGUUUGUACUAAAAACAAAAACG